AUGUUUUAUAGCUGCUAAAAGAAGCAGUACUCAUACCGCGCCUGUAUUGGCAGCUUCAAUUUCUAAAGCAUCGGAUUUGACCCCAAGAAAGAGACAAAAUCGUCGAAAAUCAACGAAUGAACAAAGGAUCGAACAGCAGGCUAAGAAAAUUGCUAGUGAAGGGGACAAAUACUACUCAGAGUAUGAUAAUAAUUAUGAAGAGACAUCGGUUAAUAAUUCGAAUUUAUCUGAAGUGGGAAUCAAUAAAGCAAAAGAGAUGUUACCUGUAGUUGAAAAUUCAGCAAACGAUGUUGUAGCUGCGACUUCUCCAACAAAACCUGCAAGUACAGAAACACAUGUUGCAGCUGCGGCUUCUUCAGCAAAACCUUCAAGUAUGGAAACACAUGUUGCAGCUGCAGCUUCUCCAGCAAAACUGAUGUAUACAUUAAGCACGGCAACACAUGGUGCAGCUGCGGCUUCUCCAGCGAAACCGAUGCGUACGGCAACAACGAGUUCACGUGUUGUUGCUGCAGCUUAUCCAGCACCAAUGCAUACAGACGAGGCUUUACAUACGUACCUAAAUGAGGAAAAUGAAAACAAUCACUUAUCUCAAACAACCACCACAAAAAUUAUUGACACAUUUAAUGAAUUCGAAAUCACACUAUGGGUGGCACAGCAUUCGAGAAUUCUAAAUUUAGCCAUGAUGAUUCACAAUGCGAUGACGACUCAAGUAUCGAACAAUAAUCAAUCGUUUAACUCUUUAUUAAAUGCCCCGGAAAUUAAUACUGGUCAAUCAUGUCCAGAAAUUAACCAGCGCACGAAAUUCCUUUUACAGGAAGAGUGCAAAGCACUCUUCCUUCGUACAAGAAACAAUACGACUGAGUUGUACGAGGAAUUAAUCUCUCAAUCGGUUUCAAAACUUGCAGAUCAGUUUACCUUAACCCAUAAUUGGGAGAUUGAAUCGCUAUAUAGUGGAUUAUCUACAUUUAUUAGUGAUGAUAUAUGGAAAGAAACACUACAGCUACACUUAAAAUGCACUGAUCUGAUGGCACUAAAAAAAGACUCAUUAAUGCUCAACAAGCUCGGCAUCUUUGUACUUAAGGCAGUCGAGGCUGUGGCUAUUGCUAUGGCAAAUAAUGAAGAUACACGAAUCGCGAUUCAAGAUUGUGAUGA